UGCUGUUUUCUCUUGGCUGUGACAAUCUGCCAUACGGUCAUUAUAAUAGCACUUCACUACCAGUACCAACAAGAGUACCACAAGUAAUUUUGUGGGAAGUUCACCAACUAUAUAAAAAAUUGUUAUAGGACCACUGGCCUCAUUCAGUGCUUGAUCAUCAUAAUCAUAUCAACAGUGUAAUUCCUGGACCCAACAAACGCAGAACCAUUGCCAGUCCCACAGGAUUCAUUGUAGCCAAGAGCUGAUUUUCUACAGUUUUUAGGAUUAUUUUAUCUUCUGAGGAGAGCACUGAGGCAUGGAGCCUGCACCAAUCCCUGUGCUAGUUGGUGGACUUGUUGACUGUUUAGCCCAGUUAAUAAUAAUAGCUGAAGAGAUUCUACAAGUAAUGUCACAAGAACAAGUUCCUUGUGUAGAGCAAAGUGAUGGAGCAGAACAGAUAGAAGCAGACUCAGCUCCUUCUGAGGAAGCUGCACUACCAGACCUUGCUUCACUACCAGACCUUGCUAAUCUCCCAGAGUUAGAAUUAAUACUUACACCAAGAGAAGAAGAGCUAAUGUUUGAUAUAGAUCAAGCUAUGUUAGAUGUAGAAAACUUCUAUGGAGAUGUACUCUCCAGUAUAAAUGAUGACUUAAGAAGUGGAUGAGACCCUGCCAGCA